UCUUCGUGCUGCUACUGCCAUAACUCUCGCUUCUUUCAUCAGCCUCUUCUUCCUCUGGGUUUGAACAUUUGCUCUAACGUAGCAAAAUAACGGUCGAAAUAUUUGUUUAUUUCCGACGGUGGCCUAUCCUUCCCUAUUUUUCUUUGUAUUGAUAUCCCUCCGGGAUUUUCGUUGGAAUCGCUUGGGGGUUUGGAUCGAUCGGUUGGAGUUUUUGAGUUGGGGGAGAUUGGAUCCGAUGGCGGCGACGACGACGACGACGACGGGGGGAAGCAGGAGCAAGGAGGCUGAUAGGAUCAAGGGGCCGUGGAGCCCGGCGGAGGACGAGUCGCUGCAGAGGCUGGUGCAGCGGCAUGGGCCCAGGAACUGGUCUAUCAUCAGCAAGUCCAUUCCGGGGCGCUCCGGCAAGUCGUGCCGGCUGCGAUGGUGCAACCAGCUCUCGCCCCAGGUGGAGCACCGACCCUUUACGGAUGAGGAGGACGAGAUCAUCGUCCGCGCCCACCGCCGCUUCGGCAACAAGUGGGCCACCAUCGCCCGCCUCCUCUCCGGGCGCACCGACAACGCCAUCAAGAACCACUGGAACUCUACACUCAAGCGCAAGCACAGCCGCCCCUGCGCCGGAGAAGACGGGCUGCAGCACCACUACGACGCGAUCAUGUCGGUCAAGGCAGCGGAUAUGGAGGACGAGGCGGAAGCGACGAGACCGCUGAAGAGGGCAAGCAGCGACGGCCUGAUCCUGUUGUCGCGAGGAUCAGGGAUUUGCUUCAGCCCCGGAAGCCCGUCCGGGUCCGCUGUCAGUGAUUCCAGUCACCAUAGCUAUCCGGUGAUGCCGCCGCCGCACAUCUAUCAGCCGGUUCCGACAACUGGCCGCAUCGUGCCAUGCUCCUCUCCGAUCCUCCAACAGACUCAGAGCGAGACAAUCAGUGCUGCCGUAGCCCCUACGUUUCCCAACAACGACGACGAUCCAGCUACUUCCCUCACCCUCUCCCUUCCUGGAUCAUGUCAGAUGUCCACCUCCAAGGAUCGCAAGGUCCAUGCCAUCUUCAAACCCAGUCACCAGAGCCAGCUGUCGCGCUCUGUUGCUGCUGCAGAUCCGCAGCAGAUGAUACCGGGCUUUUCCUCUGCAGCCACUUCCGCCGAGGAGGGGCGUCGGCCAGCGCCUUCUCCUUUUAGCGCCGAAUUCCUGGCGAUCAUGCAAGAGAUGAUCCGCAACGAGGUGAGGAGCUACAUGGCGGGACUGCAGCAGAGCCGCAUGAUGUGCGGCGUGCAGCCGCCAUCGGAGAGGGCCCGCAACGCCGCCGCCGUGAACCCCAUCGGAGUGACAGAUCUCGAGUAGGAGACGUUUUGGUCGCCGAGGAUUAUUAGUGAGCAAACGAAUCGAAGAACAUCUUCGUAGGAGAGAAGGCGGCUCCCUUCUUUGUAGUUGAAACCUUUCCUUUGCCCUGCUCCAACUCCUUCCUAAAUUUGGUUGCCUUGCUAGUGGAAAAAGAAAUUGUAUAGGAGAAAGACCACAAUGUUAAAAACACAAAAAAAAAGAGCAGUUUUGUCAUUUUGAUUUCA